AUGCGCCUUCUCAACUCGACAACUUUGGAGAUCGAAGAGUUCUUCAGCGAUGACACUCCAGCAUACGCAAUUCUCUCGCACAGGUGGCUAAAUGGUGAGGUGUCUCUGAAAGACAUGCAGGAUGGCACAGCUACCACCAAGGCAGGCUACCACAAAAUCAAGCGAUGCUGCGACCAGGCUCUCAAAGACGGGCUUGGGUUCGCGUGGGUCGAUACCUGCUGCAUCGACAAGACCAGUAGUGCGGAGCUGACCGAGUCCAUCAAUUCAAUGUAUCGGUGGUAUCAAAAUGCAGCAGUAUGCUACGCGUACUUGGCUGAUGUCGAGACGACUGAUCCGUCGGAGGAUGCGAGCUUCGGAGAGAGCGUGUGGUUCACCCGAGGUUGGACACUGCAGGAGCUCAUAGCGCCUGCGACCGUCGAGUUCUUCAAUUGCGCCUGGCAGAAAAUUGGGACAAAAGAAAGUCUCAAGGAUAUCAUCUCGAGCAUAACAAACAUCGAUGCGGCCAUGCUUGAAGGUGCGGAUCCCGAUGACUUCAGCAUCGCGAAGAGGAUGUCUUGGGCGGCGAAGCGGACAACGACCAGAUCGGAAGACAGGGCUUAUAGCCUCCUAGGGUUCUUCAAAGUCAACAUGCCCAUGUUAUAUGGUGAAGGCGAACGGGCAUUUAUCCGGCUUCAAGAAGAGAUUAUGAAGAUCUCGGAUGACCAGUCUCUCUUUGCCUGGAAGAGCAACAGCAGCAACUAUCGCGGGUUGCUAGCGAAAUCUCCCAUGGAUUUUAUCGACUGCUUCAACAUCAUCCCAUCCAAGUCCAAAUGGAAUCGAAUUCCAUACUCCCUUACAACUAAGGGGUUGUCGAUAGAGCUACCCAUGGUACCCUGGGCCAUGGAGACAUAUCUUGCUGCGCUUGAUUGUGAGCUGGAAAACAUUCCCAACAGUCGCGUCGGAGUCUACCUGCAACUUCUCCCAGAAAGAGAUCAUGGUCUGACGAGGACCGAGUUCUCGUAA